AUGCUGACGCCCAGGAGCUUCUCAGCCCUGCUCCUCCUGUUCCUGGCCUCAGGCAAAGGAAGUCCUAGGGAACUUGAGGAGCCAAGAAACGUCUGCAAGGGGAACAUCGCUCUGGACCAGUAUGACCGCUUCAGUCUGGACAGCGUCAGCAAGUGCUUCACAGAGUGUGAGCUAAAGAACAGCUCCUGUGGUCUGGGGAACUUGCAGAGAUACUGGCUCAACUACGAGACCCACCUGGUGGAGAGCAGUUCCGUGGACAUGGUGAAUAUGUCUUUUGUGAAGACUCUGAUCCAGAACGUGAGCACGGACGUUUCGGAGGACCUGCACUUUUCCCUGACUCCCUCCCAGAUUCCCAGGCAGGUGAUGGCGAAUGAGAGCAGGCCUCCUGACAGAGUCCGGCUCCCCAGAAGUUUCUUCGAGUCCCUUCGGAGCAAGAGGCCCUCAGUACGGUUGGCCGUAACUACUCUGGACAUCAGAUCAGGGAACCUCUUCAAGGGCCCCCGGCUCAGCCUGGAAGACGGCAGCAGUGUCCUCAACAGUCGUAUGGUGGGCCUGAGCGUGGGCAGCACACCCAUCACGGGGCUGGAGGAGCCAGUGGAGAUAACCUUCUCCCACCAGGACUUCCUCCCGAAUAUGACCCUCAGCUGUGUAUUCUGGGAUGUGACUAAAGGUGACUGGGCGUCCAAGGGCUGUUCCACGGAGCGCGCACCUCGAAUGACUGUGUGCCACUGUGACCACCUGACCUUCUUCGCCCUGCUGCUGAGGCCGACCCUGGACAAGGCCACCGUGAAGGCACUCACGCUCAUUUCCCAGGCGGGCUGCGGAACUUCCAUGUUCUUCCUGGCCUUUACUCUUGUCUUCUACCUGGUCCUGAGGUUUUCUCGGCGGAGGUUCAAGUCAGAAGACGCCCCCAAGAUCCAGGUGGCCCUGAGCCUCAGCCUGUUCCUCCUGAACCUCGUCUUCUUUAUCACUGUGGGAAGUGCGUCGCAGGGCUCCGAGGCGGCAUGUUGGGCCCGGGCAGCCGCCUUUCACUACUUCCUGCUCUGUGUCUUCACCUGGAUGGGGCUGGAAGCCUUUCACCUUUACCUGCUUGUCAUCAGAGUCUUCAACACCUACAUCGGGCACUACUUCCUGAAGCUGAGCCUGGUGGGCUGGGGCCUCCCUGCCCUGACGGUCAUCAGCACUGGGAUUGCGGAUAGCUACGGCCUCUACAGCAUCCACGAUGAAGAGAACCGCACCACGCUGGAGCUGUGCUGGUUCCGCAAGAAGACUGCUCUCUACAUCGCCGUCCACGGCUACUUCCUCAUCACUUUCCUCUUCAGCAUCGCGGUCCUGGGCCUGGUGGCCUGGAAGAUCUUCAGUCUACCACAUGCUGCAGCUGGCAAGGAGCCGGGGCUGAACUGGAAGGGGAUGCUUACAGUGCUGGGCCUCUCCAGCCUGGUGGGCGUGACGUGGGGACUGGCCAUCCUCACACCCCUGGGCCUGUCCACCGUCUACAUGUUUGCAUUUCUCAACUCCCUGCAAGGUGUCUUCAUCUUCUGCUGGUUUGCGGUCCUCUACUUCCCCAGCCAAAGUGCCCCGUCCUCCUCUUCUGGAACUGCCCGAGCAGACCAGAUCCACUCUGUGUCUCAUGGCUAA